AUGGCACUUUUAUAUAAUAGAGGAUGCGAUGAUUUUGUGGGAGACUCUGUCACAUGUCAUAUGGCUAUAUGUCCUAUAAAUCGAUGUAAAUUUGAAACAUCAUAUUGUCCGGUUCAGUUAAAUUCAGUUAAAGUGUAUCGUCCUUCAGAUAAUGUUUCAAAUGAUAUUUUGAAAAAUACAUUUAAAUAUAAACGUUAUGGACCAUAUAAAUUUUCUAGGAUAAUUAUUCUUUCAAACAAUGAUCAAGAUGGUAUUGUGUUUCUUUAUGAAUUAAAUCCACAUAUGGAUAAUUUCCCAAUUAAAACAUAUUUAUGCCGUCUUAGGAGUAUAAACCAAAUGCUAUCAUUAUGCGAAUCCAUUGAUCCAUAUUAUUUAGAUAAAAGUCUUUCGUUUAAUUCUUAUGAUAUUAUUAAUGAAAAAAAUUAUCCAACUAGUUUAAAACAUAUAAAAAACCCCAGACAUCAAAUUAUUAAAUCAAAAUAUAAAGAUUUAUAUUAUAAAGAACAUUCCUGCCAUUUAAUUAAAUCAAAAUUUGUUUCACAUCUUCGUUGCGUGAAUUAUUUAUGUGAAAAAGAUAAUGAAGUAUAUAACUCGUGUACUGAUGCGAAUUAUAGUGGAAAAUUAGUAUUUUUGUAUUAUUUUAGUUAUGAAAGAAAAAUUAAAGAACUUAUUUAUCUUCCAGAAAGUUGUUUUAAAACAGAUAAUAAUUUUGCAUGUACUCCAUAUUAUUGCGAAAGAAAAGCCAUAAAUCAAUUUUCUUUAUGCGAAUAUAAAGAAAUUAGUGCUAUAAAAAAUAUAGAAACAAAUUCAAAAAGUUUAGAUGUUAUAGCAACAAAUCCAAAAAGUUUAGAUGUUAUAGCAACAAAUCCAAAAAGUUUAGAUGUUAUAGCAACAAAUCCAAAAAGUUUAGAUGUUAUAGCAACAAAUCCAAAAAGUUUAGAUGUUAUAGCAACAAAUCCAAAAAGUUUAGAUGUUAUAGCAACAAAUCCAAAAAGUUUAGAUGUUAUAGCAACAAAUCCAAAAAGUUUAGAUGUUAUAGCAACAAAGCCGCAUAAUGUUUAUCACCAAAAUAAUUUGAGUUCAUCUGCGCUCUUUGCAAUGACUUUUAUGCCUUUUUUAAUUCUUUUCGUUUUUUUUUU